AUGGACUGCGUAGGCGCCUGCCCGCCUCAUCAUAGACGCCCGUCCCCGCUCGCGCAUCGCCCGCCAACAUCUGUCAGCGGUGGCAUCAGCGGUGUUGACUCUAGCGGCACCAAUAGCGCCCGUCGUGCGUGCUCCGCCGGGCCUGCCGCGCUUUCGGCGAAUCCCGCCGAUUCACCACGUUCCCCGUAUGCAGAGCCGCAGCAACAGCCACCAACGACAGCAGCGACGUCUGCCCCUCUAACAACUGCGGCGCACGCAUCGCUGUUUUCGCAAGCUGACUGCCACCAAGAGAGGCACCACCUCCAGGGUCGUACUGACGCUAGCGCAGAGAUCACCACGCCUUCACAGCAGCAACAGCAACAGGUCCAAUACACGAAGCACCUCUCUCUCAGCACCCUCAGCGGCAGCGCGUCGAACCUGACCAUUUUGAUUCGCUCCAACACCACCGCCAGCGUCACGACAGCAGCGACUGACAGCUCGGAGUACUCAACCCCCCUCUCCGGUAUCUCUUCCUAUAAACAACAGUCUCAGCGAGCCCGCACGCAACGUGUCGUCGAGACAAACUACCUUUACCUGAACCCCGGCUCCUCCCUGCGGCCGUCGCUGGGCUCGCGCUCGAGCAGUCACGCACGCGAAAACGAGGACGACGAAGUCACUGCCGAAGACGACGUUGCCAGUGCCGCUUGCGUGGACGGAGCUGCCGUGGCUGGCAACGACGACGAUCACCACCACCACCAGCACCACCAGCACCGCCGCCACGGCGAUCCUCUCUUGCAGCAGCACGGCAUCCGAUGUAGCGCGUCAUCCAGCAAGCGACCAAGACCGCUCCCCCAAAGUAGGUUGUCACCACGACCUCAACCUCGGCAGCAGCAAGCAGACGUGGCAGACGAGGAGUCGCAUUCGCUUCACAGUCGCAGCGCUGGUAUGCGCAUCCCCGACCUCUCCGCAUUUCGGGAGGCGCCUUCCACACGGCCAGCGACGGCGACAGCGACAGCGGAAAGCGGCAGUAACAGCAGAGAGGGCAUCAGCCCAAGAAGGAACAGCAACGACAGCAACAGCCACCCAGUGAGCCACCCUUACCCGGGCUGGGGCAGUAGUCGUAGCACGAGCGGUAACGGCACUCACGCACGCGUAUUCGACAAGGUGGAGUACGAAGAAGACCAAGAGGUGCGGCGCGUCCUGCAUCCACCUCCGCAUCUCUGGAGCCAUGAGGAGCGGGGUGACAGCAAAUACGAACCCCAAGACGCAACUGCCGCCAUGACCAUCACCCCCGGUGGCGACGCAGCUGUCAAGUCCAUGAGUUCUGCCUGCCUCUCUGCUCCAGACGCCACGCCGGUGGUGCCGCCGCCGAAGCGCUUUGCCACCGGCGAGGGCGAGGCAGUGGCGCUCGACGAUCUGCGCUAUGUCUGCGGCUCCUCCACCGCCGGUGCGCUCUCUCGGAUGGCUACCGCGAGCGUCUGCGCGAACGAGGAAGAUACGUAUCGUCAUCAGGAGCAGCCCCUCCACGCUUUCGCGACCCUCCAGGAUGACGAGUGCGGACGCACAUCGCAGCAGCAACAACAACAACACCAGCAGCGCGGCAGUCGCAGUCGGAAGGCGCGUGUCGCGGGUGCGAGCAGGAACUGCGGCGUUAGCGGCGGUAGUAGUAGUAGCCGCAGUCGCCUGGCCAGUCGGCGGCACCCCAACGACAGCAUCACGGCCGGCAUUCCGUACGACCCGUCUCGUUUCCCCCCGCCGUCCCAGCCGCCGAAUUUGGCUGCCCCUGUCACGGCAGCCAAAGAAGUUAGUCCCGUGGCCGCUUGGGAGCACGGGUCUGAGGCCCGGCUGAUAAGCACGAGCCAGCCUAGCUGCGCUACGCCGCCAGACACGCAGCAGCAGCAGCAGAGCCUGCAGUUAGCGGGCGCCAACGACAGCGCCGCGCUCGCGCCGGCUCGUUCACCGAUCAAGCUGAUCGAAACUCGCUACGCCUUCCUUGCCCUCUCCUUCAUGAUGCGCAUGCUCUGCAAGCUGCACAAGGGCGAGCCGAUCCCGUCAAGUGACUUUCACUCCCACUGCAUACCACCGAUGACAGUGACCAUGUACGUCCAGCGCCUGGUGCGCUACUGCGCCUGCAGCGGCGAGGCGCUCCUCUGCUCCUUUUUACUCCUGCUCAAGUAUGUCUUUCACAGCGGGCAUCCCGUUACGAUCUACAACGCACAUCGCCUACUCAUUACCAGCAUCGUGCUCGGCAUCAAGCUGCGCGACGAUGUGUACUAUAGCAAUGUCUACUACGGCCGCAUCGGCGGCAUUAGUGGACGCGAGAUGAACAAGUUAGAGCUGCUCUUCCUCGAGAAGCUAGAGUGGGAGACGCAGGUACACGAGGACGAGUACGUGGCACUGCUGGAUCUGCUCACAGAGCUCGGCAUUGACGCAGAGCCGACCAGCGCGCAGCUCGAAGCCUUCGCGGCGGCGCACCCGGACGAAGCCGCCGCGUACGUGUUGGACGAGGAGGAUAACGAAGUCGCCGAGGCAAGCACGAAGCUGCAACAGCAGGGUGCCGACUCAAGCGCCGGCUCGCCUAUGAAGGGCACCGCCACUACUGCCGCCGAUCUACCCGCGGCCGAGCAGCAGCGCCUAAAGGUGCUCCGCGGCGCCUACCGACUGCACCAGUGGCACACCAUCGUGGUGCCGUGGCUGGCGCGCCUGAAGCAAUCGACGUUUGACAAGGCGAAGGCCAACGCUGUCGCAGCAGCUGCGGCACGAAAGGAGGAAGGGCUGCGCUGGCAGCAGUACCACCGUGAGGAUGAGGCCUCCGCGCUGCGGCAUCUGCGACCAUCUUCGGCAAGCUCGUGGAUAUCGCCCUUGUCUGUGCAGAAGCGCGCCAUCAGCAGUACCACCACCACCACCGCCGCAUCUGCAGCCACAGCAGCGGCGGCGGCGGCGGCCUGGGCCUCCGAACCAUCGUAUCAGACCAGCUGUUUCCUCCACGACGGCAGCAAUGUGCCGUACCGUAGCUCGAGCAGUGCAGUAGUGAUAGGCGGUGGCGACGUCCACUCCACAGCCACCACCAGCAAUGGCAACAGUGGCUUCGAAAACCCUCACCACAGCGUCACGAAAUUUUUGAAUGACGCUAACGGGGGCUGCCUUGGCACCUCCACAGCAACGGCUACGCCCGCGGCGGUGAGUCAAGGCAGUCGGCACGCUAGCUCUAGUCAAAGCCAUACCCACUGCGGCAGCGCGACACUCGAUAGGCCUGCGUCGCCGUCCUCAUCAGUUCAGUGCCCUAGUCAGCAGCAGCACACCAUCUCUGGCGUAGCAUCAUCCUCAUACUGCUGCUACUACGGCGCCAACUCGGGUCACCAACACAGCGGUAACGGCACUGAUGAGGCUCACACGUUGAGCCAAGUGCGAUACCACACCGCAGCAGCAACAGCAGUAGCGGCGAUGGAUCGAUCACCGCGUGCAGCCUCCGCCCACUUCGAUAUCACGAACCGCGCAGCAGCGGCCUUGAUGGAUGCGACUGCGGAGCCCCGUCAGCACACCGCACAGACCCAACACCAGCAACUGCCGUCUGUAGGUGGCACGACCGCGCAGCUCACAUCGCCGGUUUCUUUCACCACCCCUGGAAGCGGCAUCAACGUCAACGCUCAGCCGUACUACUAUGUUAGUAGCCGCAUGCGCAAGCAGCAGCAGCAGCAGCAGCGGCAAGCGGCGGCAGCGUCACCGGCCUCGGAAGACCGAUCGGCCACCCGCCCUGGUAAUGCCUCGACCAUAGAUACCACCACGGCGAUGACGCAAGCGACCGCAGUGAGCCCUUAUGACUAUGUGGCUUCCGCACAGCCUCCGUCGUCCUCCACCCUCGAAGGCGGCCGCGGCGCGCGCUCGCCAGGCUCUUCGUUCACAAGCCCGAGGUGCGUGGACUCGAUGGCGCGCUUCAGCACGUACGCGGCGACUUCGACGGACGCCGUGGCGGGUCAUCCGUCGCAGCCGAGCGGCCUCAGCAGUGGCAUCGAGACUGUUCUGUCGGCGAUGAAGAUGUCCGGCAUUUACGGUGGCACCAGCAGCGCGUGCGUCCAUAACUUUCCAACGCGGACUGUUGACAGCUGCCGCCGUCCAGAUGGCGGCAGCGAGCAGGCCACUUUGCCGCACGUACUGCGGCAGCCUCCUCACUCGGAUCAGCAGGCGCAGGUCCACCGCCGCUUCGCCUUCUCGUCCCAGCACUCGCUCGGCAAAAAGCGCUCGAAGCCAGAGAGCUACAAGGACUACUGA